UGACAAGAAGCAUGAGAAGGAAAAGAGAAGACAGAGAGAAAAAAGUGGAGGAUUGUUUGUUGAAGAGAGAAGAGGUCAUUGUGAUUUGAAGCCAAGAGUUUUUCACCGAAACAAAAGCUUCAAUCUUUGGUGACCCUUUUUCUUCUUCUUCCACGAUCACACGAUUUUUUUCUGAAAAUCAAAGGAACCCAUUUGGGUUGAAGUGUGCAUAGAUCAGAGGGAGAGGGUGGUGAUGUCUUGUUCUUCUUCAUCUGGGUCGGAAGAAGACGAUGAGGGGCUCGAAUCCUACCGGAAAGGAGGCUACCACGCCGUCAGGGUCGCCGAUCAGUUCGCCGGAGGAAGGUACAUAGCGCAGAGGAAGCUUGGUUGGGGUCAGUUUUCAACCGUUUGGCUUGCUUAUGAUACUAUAACCUCUGGAUAUGUUGCUCUCAAGAUCCAGAAAAGUGCUGCCCAGUUUGUUCAGGCUGCCCUUCAUGAGAUUGAAAUUCUUUCAUCCAUUGCUGAUAGUGCUCCUUCCAAUUCAAAAUUUGUUGUCCAAUUGAUUGACCAGUUUAAGCACACGGGCCCUAAUGGCCAGCAUCUUUGCAUGGUCCUCGAGUAUCUUGGAGAUAGCUUGCUUCGUCUAAUCAGAUACAACCAUUAUAGAUGCCUUCCAAUGAAUAAAGUUAGGGAGAUUUGCAAAUGCAUUUUGAUUGGUUUGGAUUACUUGCACAGAGAACAUGGUAUCAUCCACACAGACCUAAAACCAGAGAAUGUUCUUCUGGUUUCUACAAUUGAUCCUGCCAAAGACCCUAUUAGAUCGGGAUUCACCCCAAUAUUAGAGAGGCCAGAGGGAAACAUAAAUGGCGGAGUUACGAGUCUUAUUGAGAAAAAGUUGAAAAGGAGAGCAAGGAGGGCGGUUGCUAAAAUAUCUGGACGAAGAGUUUCAAUGGGAGGAACAGGAGAAGCUCAUAAGUCUGAUAGAAACAUGGAUGGGAUUGAUGUGCGAUGCAAGGUGGUAGAUUUUGGAAAUGCAUGCUGGGCGGAUAAGCAGUUUGCGGAAGAGAUUCAGACACGACAGUACAGAGCUCCUGAAGUAAUACUUCAGGCUGGUUAUUCCUUCUCUGUCGACAUGUGGUCUUUUGCGUGUAUAACUUUUGAGCUUGCCACUGGUGAUAUGUUGUUUACUCCCAAGGAUGGGCAAGGUUUUAGUGAGGAUGAGGAUCACCUUGCCUUGAUGAUGGAACUCCUUGGAAAAAUGCCCCGGAAGAUUGCUAUUGCCGGAGCAAAAUCCAAGGAUUUCUUUGACAGACACGGGGAUCUCAAAAGGAUUCGAAGACUAAAAUUUUUGCCGCUUAACAAAUUGCUGAUUGAUAAAUAUAAGUUUUCGGAGAUUGAUGCUCAUGAGUUUUCGGAGUUUCUUUUACCUCUUCUUGAUUUUGCGCCUGAGAGGCGGCCAACUGCAGAGCAGUGCCUGCAGCACCCAUGGUUCAAUUGCAAGGAGUCUAUUCCAAAUGAAAUGAUAAAUGAAUCUAGUGUGGAAAAGGUGGAUGUUGGGAUGAGCAACCUUAAAAUCAAGGUAGGAAAGUGAAGGGGAGAAAGGUAUUUGACAUUCACCCCUUCAAGCCCUUCCUUCCCCAUGAAUGACUAUUGAUUGUGAUUUAUUUUUUGGUUUGAUAAAGUUUAAUAAGAUUUAUUUUUUUAUUGGAUUAACUACUACCAUGAUGUAAAUUAGUCAAGAAUUUUGCUUAUCCAGAGGCAUCUGACACAGAUUUGUGUGUAUAUUCUCCACGAUUUUAAGUGAUGAUGCAUUGCUCCAAGGUCUUAUGCAUUUCUCCUCAA